CGGGGCUCCGGUCCGGGCUUUGGCGGCGGCCCCGGUGUAGUAGCGGGGGCGGCGGCCGGGGGCAGCGCGGCUGCUUCCCCUUGUUGUGUGUCGGUGCCUCCUCGCCAUCUUGUUGCAAAGCCCUUUCUUGUCGGCGGGACUCGCGGGGGCCGCGGGGCGGGAGGCGCCGGGCGGGAGGGGCGGGCGGGAGGGGCGGGCGGGAGGUGGCGCCGCCUCGGGGGGGUUUCGGGGCUGCACCCGAGCCUUUUCCCCAUUUUUAUAUUUUUGCAAAUCCCCUUUUCGGGGAUCGUUUUUGGGGAGCACCUUUUCCGCGAUCCCCCGGCGGAGCGCCCCACGGCCCCCCGAGGCCCGCCCGCCGGCCGGCCGCAGCCCCCCGAAGCCCGCCCGCCCGCCCCGCGGCGCACCCCGGUCGCCCGCCCGAGCGAUGAGCAUUGAGACGCUUCUGGAGGCGGCCCGCUUCCUGGAAUGGCAAGCGCAGCAACAACAGAGAGCACGUGAGGAACAUGAGAAACUUCGGCUGGAACGGGAGCAGGAACAGAAGGCCAGCGCCACGCGGGUUAAUCAUAUGCUGCCCCCCGAAGAACCCCGGAUUGAGGCCCCCCCACUCCCCUUGUCCCCUCCAGCUCCUCCACCUGCACCCCCACCCCCUCUGGCCACCCCGGUGACCGUCAUCCCCAUCCCUGUGGUGACAGGCUCCCCACAGCCGAUGCCACCCCCACCCCCGCUGCCACUGCCCCCGACCCAGCCGCUCACCCUCGCCCCACGACAGCCGGCCUUGGUCAGUGCGCCAGGACUCAGUAUCAAGGACCCCAUCCCCCCACUUCCCAGGCCACCAGCCACUGCCACCCCCCUCCUGCCGGACUCGAAAGGCACCAGCGCGCCCACGGGCAGCCCCAAACCCCUGCAGCCCUUCCCCACACCCAUCCUGACCAUCGCCCAGCACCACGUGGUCCAGCAGCCCCUUCAGCCCCAGCUGCCGCCCCCGCAGCCGCCUCCCCCCACCGCGCUGGCCGCUCUGAAGUUGGCACCGGCUGAGGAGGUGAAGCCCAGCGAGCAGAAGAAGCGGCCUGGAGGGAUCGGGACCCGAGAAGUCCACAACAAAUUGGAGAAGAACAGGCGGGCCCACCUGAAGGAGUGCUUUGAGACUCUGAAGCGGAACAUCCCCAACGUGGAUGACAAGAAGACCUCGAAUCUGAGCGUCCUCCGAAGUGCCCUGAGAUACAUUCAGACGCUGAAACGCAAGGAGAAGGAGUAUGAGCACGAGAUGGAGCGGCUCGCCCGGGAGAAGAUCGCCACCCAGCAGCAGCUGACCGAGCUCAAACACGAGCUCAGCCAGUGGAUGGACGCCCUCGAGAUGGAGCGGGUGCUGCGGCAGGCAGGGCAGCCCGAGGACGACCAGGCCUCCACCUCCACGGCCUCAGAAGGGGAGGACAACAUGGAUGAGGACAUGGAGGACGACCGGUCGGGCUUGGGGCUGCCCAAGCUGAGCCAGCGGCCACAAGCCGAGCUCCUGAAGCCGGCCCCCCUGCCUCCCAGCACGGCCCCCGCUGCCCCGGCCCCGCACUCCCACCCCGCGGCCCUGCAGCAGAAGCCCCCCGCCCCGGCAGCAGCCGCCCAGACCCUGGUGCAGGCCCCCGCCCACCACCUGGUGGCCACGGCGGGAGGGGGCUCGACGGUCAUCGCCCACACGGCCACCACCCACGCCUCGGUCAUCCAGACUGUGAACCACGUGCUGCAGGGCCCGGGGGGCAAGCACAUCGCCCACAUCGCCCCCUCGGCCCCCAGCCCCGUGCAGCUGGCCCCCGCCACGCCCCCCAUCGGCCACAUCACCGUCCACCCCGCGGCCCUCAACCACGUGGCCCACCUGGGCUCGCAGCUGCCCCUGUACCCCCAGCCCGUGGCCGUGAGCCACAUUGCCCACACCCUCUCCCACCAGCAAGUGAACGGCACGGGCGGGCUGGGGCCGCCGGCCGCGGUCAUGGCCAAGCCGGCCGUGGGGGCCCAGGUGGUCCAUCACCCCCAGCUGGUGGGCCAGACGGUCCUGAACCCCGUGACCAUGGUCACCAUGCCCUCCUUCCCCGUCAGCACCCUCAAGCUGGCCUGAAGGGGUGCCCGGGAGGCCCCGGCACCCCCCGACAGCUCCACACAUUCCAGCCCGGCGCAGAGGAGGGGCGCCCCGAGCCUCCCCCGAGCCGCCCAGAGGGCGCCGAAGGUCCGGAGACCCCGGGGUGAGCGUGGUCCCGCGGCUCCGCGGCCGCCUCCGUUCCCGUCGCGCUCCGUCCCCGCCUCGCCGCCUGUCCCGUGUAACCUGUGAGAUGUGGAUGUGAUGUUCUUGGUCUCGUCCCUCGUCCCCCCUGUGCUGCUGCUGCUGCUACUGCUCUGUAGGGGGAGCUGGCUGAGCUCCGGGGGCCCCCCGCCCCCGGGGAGAAGGAAGCAGAGGGGACCGGGAGGGGGGCAGCUCCCACUGCAGGCUGAAGGAUCCAUCUGAGGUCACUGUGAUUUGUUACAGUAGAAACUAUUUAAGACAAUUCUCUACUCAUAAUAAACCAAAUGAAAGAGAAACCAGCGAGAGCCCUCGGGGGUGUGUUGGUAUCUGUCCCCCCCCAAGCCCGGCCACUGCUGUGGAGGAGGAUCCAGUGACCGCUCGGCCCCGGGGUCAGCGGACCAUGCAGAGGUAGGACUCGGUACCUUAGCCCGGACCCGGGACCCUCCCUUCUGGGGGGGCCCUUCCGGAGAGGGAAGAGAGCCGAGCCUCCGGGGAGCGCGCCUCCCCAGCUCCCUCCCCUUCCCUUUGCUCAGCCGUGUGGAGUUGUAACCCGUGGACGUGUGCAUGUGUGUACCCGUGCAUGCUCAGUCUGUGUGCAUACGUUCGUGUGCAGAUUGCGUGUGUGUUUCUUGGUGCCCCCCCCCUACCCUGAGGAAGGGCUCCGCGGCCCGGGUUCUAGGAGCCUCGAUCGUCCUCUGGGCUCCAUUCAGGGGAGCCCAUGGCCGGAGGAUCGUGACUAGGGGGAGGGGACCCCACCUUCCAAGGCCCAGGGAUCCCCUCGGAGACUGGCCGAACAAGCGACUAGAAGCGGGCAGCGCCUGCAGCCCGGACCCCGCGCUCUUCCUGCCGGCCCUCCCCUCUCCCCUCCCUGCACCCCUCUUCCAACUCUGGUUUACUUUUGAUGCUUCGGCCUGAGCCUGGGGAACAGUCGCCUUAGCAUCCUGCUGCCUCAGUUUCUCCCUGAGGGUGGCUCUCAGGCAUUCCUCCAGAGGGGAAAGAAGGGGAAGGAGAUGCCCGUGCCGGUGCCCCCGGCUCCCAGAGAGGGAGGGCCCCGGCCUGCUUCCUCCAGCCCUUCCCGCUAGUGAGUCUACCCAUGGGGACAGCUUUCGUUUCUCUUCCCUUCAUAUAGUUAUUACAAGUGACCUUGUGUAAGACAUGCACAUACAUGUACACUCAGCUACCCACCCAGGCACAUCUCUCUCUACACAUAAACUUGUUGCCUUCAUGGGGGUCUUUGGCAAAGGUAUCCCAAGGAUGGGCCUCCCAGGAAUGUCUGAGGAGGCCGAGAGCGCUGCUGGGGAGGACCAGGGGCCCCCUGAGCUCCCAGACUCCCGUGGCUUAUGCCUGUGACGCCAGUCUGGAGGCAGUUGCUGGGUACAGUUUCUUGGGCGCUGGUCAAAAGUAGGGGCAGCCUGAGCACCUUGGGGGGCCCCAGACAAACUAGAAGUAAACCCAUCAUCACUUCCAUACUCAGUCAGCUUCCUCUUUGGCUGGGGAGAUGGCAGGUCUGGGGGCUCCUCCUCUGGGGACAUUGCCCAGUCAGCCCCCGGCCUCUAAGGUGGGCCACUCCGCUUCCCUCCUCCCAGCUGCAGCCUCUACCCUGUGGCCUCCCUCCGUCUUGGCGUAAUUAGCUCCAUCUCUUCCCCUGUGUAACAGGCCCUCAGGGGCAGGGUGGGAUGGGGAUGGAGGCAAUGAGCUGGCUGGAGUUGGUCCUCUCCUCCUUACCUCCCCCUCCUCUUUCAGCCAUGAAGGUCAUGGCCAGACAAGAGUGGAAUCUAAAUUGUGCCUCCCCCCAUUCUCUGGGGAUUGUGCCCAGAUACCUCAUCCAACCCCAAUCCCCCCCUCUCCCCAAGGCACCUGGGGUGGGGGUGGGGGGCCGGGUCCCUGUCAUGCUGUGUCUUGAGUGGCUCUGAUGGGUGUUGUUGCUGUUGUGCUUUUCUGUUGUUUUCUGGUGAACGCUGUGAUGCUGUGACAUUGGGGGGCUGGCUGGAGCCUCCCCACUUCCCCAGCCUCAUCCUCGUGGAGUGUCUCCAGUCAGCAGCCACUGGGACCAGGCCUAGCCCUAGGCCCAGCCCUCCCCAACUUCGGGAGACUGAGCCCUGCCUCUCUUCCCCAGACCUUCUAACUUGGGACACACCCACACACCCACACGCCCACAGACACCCACAGACACUCACACAUCUUACCUCUCAUUCUUAUUUUAUUUUUUUAUGUUCUCUAAGUGACUCACUGGCUGGGAGUCUUUACCUCGAUGGGCUCGGGUCCUCAGGGGGCCAGGGAGGAGGGGCCAGUGGGCAGGGCAAGCACAGUGGGGUGCUUUGGGGCCACACUUCGCCCCUGCCCUCUCCAGGAUGAGCCCCCGUCCCUCCUCAGGGUGCGCCCCCCUCCCCCAAGAGGUGGCCCUUGUUUACAGUGAGGACUCAGUCACUGUGUCUCUGUUUCCGGAAAUCUGAACCCUCAAGACCCCGGACUGUAGAGAUUUUUAUGUGUUUGGAUACAUCUGCUGUGUGAAAAAAAACAAACAAAACAAAACUACAAAAACCCUAAUUUUGUACAUAUUGUAUUUUUACUAUUGAGCUGUAUCCUAGUGGCUGUUCAUGCUCUAAGACUUUAGGUAUCGGGACAUGAAUACUCUCCAUGUAAAAAGCACUUGCCUGGAAUAAAACAUUGAAACAAAUAAACCUGCACUGAAACAUGA